GAGAGAGAGAGAGAGAGAGAGAGACAGAGAGAGAGAGAGAACUCUCUCCCGAAGGAAGAGAAAGGGGAUGGUUAGAAGGAAGAAGAACAGGUAAAAAGAGAGAGCGAGAGCGAGAGAGAGGGCUAUUCCAGAAGGAAGAGGAGGGGUUUGGUUAGAAGGAAGAAGAACAGUAGGUGGAGACAUGCCGGAGAUGGAAGACCAGCCAGUGGCGGCCAGUGGUGGUGGCGCUGCUACCCCUGACGACCGUGGCGGGUUUCAGAACGCGGACGAUGACAAGGAAAACCUGCCGCCGUGGAGGAGAGGGCGGUCGGGUCGCCCGAAGAGUGGGUCAGGUGGAAGGAAGAGGAGGAGGAGCAUCCUGCCAGCUUGGUAUCCGCGCACCCCUCUUCGAGAUAUCACCGCCAUCGUGAGGGCAAUUGAAAUGAGGAGAGCUCGCAUGAGAGAGCUCGAGGGGAUAAUACGGGAGCAGAACGAAGAAGUUGCAUCUCCAGUUUUCUCCGUUGCACCUGCGUCUCCUAUUUCUGAACGUGCGGUUACAACUACUCUAUCUAGUGAGGAUCCCAAGCCUGCCGACGUUCUGCUCACUCCUCAAGCAAGCAAGGUUAGCGUUGAAGAUAUCAACAACGUUCCGCAAACCGACUCGUUGACAGUGGUCAAUUGCUCCAAGGAGCCGGAAGCAGCUUCUGUGAAGGAGAUCUCGACAAGUCUGGAGGUAACUGGCAGGAGGAUCUUCCUCGGCCUCGAAACGCCUGAUGUUGUCCCUGACAAAGUAACUAGCACUUUGUACACUCCUGAUUCAGUCCUCGCAAUUCAGAAUUCAGAGUGCUCAGUCACGACUAGUGACGGGACUCCGGUGGAAGAGGUAGUUGUGGAGAAAUGGUGGUUGAAAAAGAGAGUUGCUGAAACAACCAGUGGAAGAACUGGUUUUGGGUUGGAGGGGAAGAAGAAUUCCUUGCUGCAGCAUCGAAGCAAGGUUUCUCUGAUGCGGUGACUAAGUGAAGCAAGUUAGCCGAUCAAUCCAUUUGCUGAAUGGAUCUGAAUGACUGGUAAUGACUACCCUUUCUAAUCGCUAGCGAGCUUGCUGAAGGCUCACCUUGCCUCAUUCAUUUUAGUUUCUGCAUAAACUUUUGAAGUUAGUCCCACUAACAUUUUGUACAUGUUAGUUUUGGAUUCUAUGGAUGUAGGUUCUUGGCACUCUUGUAAAUACGAAUAACCUGUUUGAACUUGGAACUGAUCAUUUGUCAUUACUUCGUUCACCAUGCUUUAUGUUCUUGGAGUGCCAAUGUCAAUAGAUGUCAAAAUGGAUGGUUGCUUA